GUUGCAGAUAGCUAUAUCCACCAACCUCGCUCUUUGUAGUCUUCUCUAUCACAGCGUCGAUCUCUUCUAUCUUCUCAUCCAAAAUGACUCCCAGGAAAGGAUUGUUCUAUUUCCUUGCUCUGUAUCUAUCAAUGCACUCUGAGUUAACAACCGCGGCAUUCUUCAAGCCCUUCAAUGUCACCUACGAUCACAGGGCUCUUAUCAUCGACGGGAAGCGCCGCAUGCUCAUCUCAGCGGGAAUUCACUAUCCCCGCGCCACUCCCGAGAUGUGGCCGGAUCUGAUUGCAAAGAGCAAGGAAGGAGGGGCAGAUGUAAUCCAGACUUAUGUUUUCUGGAAUGGACAUGAGCCAGUUAGAGGGCAGUAUAACUUUGAGGGGAGAUAUGAUCUAGUGAAGUUUGUGAAGCUGGUUGGAUCCGGUGGACUUUAUCUCCAUCUUCGUAUAGGUCCUUAUGUGUGUGCAGAGUGGAACUUUGGGGGUUUCCCAGUGUGGUUGCGGGAUAUCCCGGGUAUUGUAUUUCGAACAAACAGUGCACCUUUCAAGGAGGAGAUGGAGCGGUUUGUUUCCAAGGUGGUGAACCUGAUGAGAGAGGAAAAGUUGUUUUCAUGGCAGGGGGGUCCGAUUAUUAUGUUGCAGAUUGAGAAUGAAUAUGGGAACAUUGAAAGGUCCUUUGGUAAGGGAGGGAAAGAGUAUGUUAAAUGGGCAGCUAGAAUGGCUCUAAGUCUUGGUGCUGGUGUUCCAUGGGUCAUGUGCAAGCAACCUGAUGCUCCACAUAAUAUUAUCGAUUCAUGCAAUGCAUAUUACUGUGAUGGUUUUAAACCAAACUCCAGGGACAAACCAAUAUUCUGGACAGAGGACUGGGAUGGCUGGUACACAGAGUGGGGUGGAAGGUUGCCUCAUCGACCUGCUGAAGAUCUUGCAUUUGCUGUUGCUCGAUUUUUUGAACGUGGUGGAAGCUUUCACAAUUACUAUAUGUAUUUUGGUGGAACAAACUUUGGCCGAACUUCUGGGGGGCCCUUCUACAUUACAAGCUAUGAUUAUGAUGCUCCAAUUGAUGAGUAUGGUCUGUUGAGUGAGCCAAAGUGGGGACAUUUGAAAGAUUUACAUGCUGCUAUAAAGCUCUGUGAGCCUGCUCUAGCGGCCUCUGAUUCAUCAACCUAUAUAAAAUUGGGCCCAAAGCAAGAGGCACAUGUCUACCACACAGAUGUUCACCCAGGUGAACUGAACUCAUCUCUAUCUGAAUUUCAUGGCAGAUGCUCUGCAUUUCUUGCCAAUAUUGAUGAACGAAAAACUGCUACUGUAAUAUUCCGUGGUCAAAAAUAUACCAUACCACCAUGGUCAGUGAGUAUAUUGCCAGACUGCAGGAAUGCUGCUUUUAAUACAGCCAAGGUUGGAGCUCAAACUUCAGUCAAACUGGUAGAGUCUGAUUUGCCUCUAGCUUCUGAUCUUUUUCCAGCCCUGCAAUUAAUGAGCUACAAUAGCAUGCCAUACAUCUCAAAAUCAUGGAUGACAAUAAAUGAGCCAAUCAGUGUGUGGAGUGAAAACAAUUUCACUGUACAAGGUAUAUUGGAGCAUUUGAACGUCACAAAGGACCAAUCUGACUAUCUGUGGUAUGCAACCAGAAUUUUCAUUUCAGAUGGUGACAUCUUUUAUUGGGAGAAAAAUAACAUUCGUCCAAAACUUACUAUAGACAGCAUCCGUGAUAUUUUGCUCAUCUUUGUUAAUGGCCAGCUCAUAGGCAAUGCAAUUGGUCGCUCAGUCACAGUGGCCCAGACUGUUCAGUUUUCCCCAGGACACAAUGAUUUGAUACUAAUAACUCAAACAGUGGGCUUGCAGAAUUAUGGGGCCUACCUUGAGAAGGAUGGGGCGGGAAUUAGAGGUAAAAUCAAGCUCACUGGAUUUAAAAACGGAGACAUUGAUCUUUCAAAGUCAUUAUGGACCUACCAGGUUGGGCUUCAGGGCGAGUUUUUAAAAUUUUACCUUGAAGACAAUGAAGAGGCAGAAUGGGCUGAAUUGACCCACGAUGCCGUUCCAUCGACAUUCGCAUGGUACAAGACAUAUUUUGAUGCCCCUGCCGGAACGGAUCCAGUUGCUCUCGAUUUGGCAAGCAUGGGAAAAGGUCAGGCUUGGGUGAACGGCCACCACAUAGGAAGAUACUGGACUCUGGUUGCCCCAAAGGAUGGAUGUAAAGCAUGUGAUUAUCGUGGGCCAUAUAAUUCAGACAAGUGUGUAACUAAUUGUGGAAAACCUACCCAAACCUGGUAUCACGUGCCACGUUCAUGGUUGCAAGCAUCACACAACUUGCUUGUCAUUUUUGAAGAAACUGGAGGAAAUCCAUUUGAUAUUUCAGUUAAGCUACGUUCGGCCAGAACUAUAUGUGCUAAAGUUUCAGAAUCUCACUAUCCUGCUUUGUCAAAGUUCGGAGGUUCGGAUUUUUUCGGUCAAGAGUUUCUCAAAAGCAAUAUGACACCUGAAAUGAACUUGUAUUGUCAAGGUGGAGAUGUAAUCUCGUCCAUAACGUUUGCUAGCUAUGGAACUCCUCAAGGUAGCUGUCAAAAUUUUGCUAGAGGAAGCUGCCAUGCACCUAAUUCAGCGUCCGUGGUUUCCCAGGCUUGCCAAGGCAAGAGGAGCUGCUCCAUUGAAAUCUCAAACAAUCUAUUCGGAGGUAACCCGUGCCAGGGUGUUGUUAAGACUUUGGCCGUGAAAGCCACAUGCUCAUCACCAUCAAGAACAGAUGGAUCCUCCCAACUUUGAGGCUGCCGGCGAAUCCAAACGAGGACCUUACAAAUUCAUGCGCUACGGAUCAGUCCAUUAUGUGUCAGAUGUUGUCUACUCUAUUCUCAGUUUGAUUCGUGUAAACUUGUGCUGAUUAUAUGUUUGUAAUGGAGAAGAAUGUUCCGCGUUUGAGCUAACCUGUAAAUAAAUUUCUGGCAUGAUGGUUCCAUUCAAUUUGUUC